UGCCCUCGUGAUCGGCAAGUGAAGGGCCUUCUUCCUGUUUACCACUUCUUUUACAAAUGUCCGACGCUGAAGUUAAUCCCAAGGCUUAUCCUCUUGCCUCUGCAGAUCUUACUGCUACUAUCAUGGAUCUUGUACAGCAAUCCUGCAACUAUAAGCAGCUUCGUAAGGGUGCCAACGAAGCCACCAAGACCCUAAACCGUGGUACUGCCGAGGUCAUCGUCCUGGCUGCUGAUACUGAGCCUUUGGAGAUCAUUCUCCAUCUUCCUCUCGUCUGCGAGGACAAGAACGUUCCUUACGUGUUUGUGAAGUCCAAGACUGCUCUGGGACGUGCCUGUGGUGUGUCCCGUCCUGUGGUUGCUUGCAGUAUCACCAGCAAGGAGGGCUCACAGCUCAUGACUCAGAUCCAGGACUUGAAGGAUUCCAUAGAGCAGAUCCUCAUCUAAGGGCUCUUACGUUUCAGUCGUCUACUACUACUACACAACGUUAACAC